GUUAACUUUAAAAGCACUAGCUGUUACUGAAUUGUAAAAAGACCUUUCUUAUAAACUCAUUUCAGUGUUACUGAAGAUAAUUAUUUUUAUUCAUUUUCAGGCACUGGUAACAAUUCCAAAGACAAUGCUGUCUGGGAUAAGUGGUGGGUUAGACACUGAAUGUGAUGACAGCUAUGGAACAUGUAGUACCGUUGAGGAUUUAGAUGACAGCUGUGGUAACACAUGUACGCAAGUUGAAGAUCAUAUAGUACCAGAAAAAGUAGCAUGUAAUGCAGGAGAGAACAGUAAAAGCAGCACUAUCGAAAACAGCAGGAAACGCAAAAGUGCUAUAAAAUCACCCAGUACUGACAUUGACGAAGAUUUCCAUUCAAAACUAUUAAAAAUUGAAGAACGGAAACUGGAAAUAGAGGAGGAAAAGUUAAGGCUCCAAAGAGAACAACUAGAGGCUAUCAAACAAAUAGCAUUUGUUUUGCAAAGUUCACAAUUAGACAAUAUUUUACAACUUUAAAUUUAUGCCUGUGUAAAGGACUUUUGGUGUGAUAUAUAAGAGAGAUUUGUUAGUCAGUCAGUUGUUUUUUUUUUGCAAAUCUGAUAUAUCAAUGUUAUAAAGUAAUGAAAUAAAAAAUAAGUAGAGUGA